CCGGUGCCGGGGAUCAGACCGCUCUCCUCAGACGGGGAUGGCGGCGGAGGACGAGGCGGAGCUGAGCCUGCUGGAGUGCCGGGUGUGCUUCGAGCCGUACGGCCCCGAAGAGCAGCGGCGGCCGCUCAACCUGCCCUGCGGGCACGUCCUGUGCCGGGGCUGCGUGGGUGCCCUGGCCGGCGCCGAGCGCCGGAGGCUGGAGUGUCCCUUCUGCCGGCGGCCCUGCGGCCCCGCCGAGACCAGCGAGUGCCGCCCGCUGCUGCAGCUGCUGGAGCUCCUGGGCCCCGCCGGCGGCGGCCUCGCCUCGGCCCUGGGCAGGAGCGCCGGAGGGGCGGUGGCGCCGGUCCCCGCGGGGCUCGGGCUGCGGCUGUGCGUGGGGGGCUGGGGGUCGCUGCUGAACCCCACCGGGGUGGCGGCCUGCCGCGGGUCGGGCCGCCUGGCAGUGGCACACGACGGCAGGAAGAGGAUCCACAUCUUGGGGCCGAGCGGCUUCUGCCUGCGGCGGUUCGGGGAGCGGGGGGACGCGGGCAAUGACAUCAARUAUCCGCUCGAUGUGACGGUCACGUCGGACGGGCAUGUGGUGGUCACCGACGGCGGGGACUGCUCCGUGAAGGCCUUCGAUUUUGAGGGAAGGGGAGUCCUGGCUGUCCGGGAAGGCUUCUGUUUGCCCUGGGGCUUGGAUGCCACCCCCRAGAGCGAAGUAAUCCUGACCGACGCGGAGGCAGGUGCGCUGUACCGCUUGACGGCCGACUUCCAAAGGGGSGAAUUAAAGAAGUGCCAGAUGAUCCGGUCCCGGCUUGUCAGCCCCAGAGCGGUCGCAGUCUGCCAGACCUCGGGUGCUGUCGUGGUAAUAGAGCACCUUAAAGCUCGAGGAGCGAACAAGGGUAGCACCCGCCUUAAGAUAUUCAGUGCGGAGAUGGAGCUCAUCGGUCAGAUGGACAGCUUCGGUCUGAACCUCCUUUUCCUCUCCAGAAUAUAUGCUACCGCUGUGGCCUUUGACAAAGAAGGUCGUGUUAUAGUAACGGAUGUCUGCAGCCAGUCUGUAAUAUGCCUAGGGAAACCKGAGGAAUUUCCCAUCUUUAAUCCUCUAAUUAGCCACGGACUUUCUUAUCCUGUCGGACUGGCUUACAUGGCAAAUGAUUCCCUCGUCGUUUUAGACAGCGGUGAUCAUUCAAUAAAAAUAUAUAGCUCUACCUGAAUGGGCUUAGAUGCUUACUGCGGCAGGCUCAAGCUGCUUUUGGCCAUAAAGCAUGUGGAGUUCUGGUGUUUGGAGGCGUGGAGGGAGGAGGUGGUUUCUGGGCUAUGAGUGAAAUAACCCUCCGACCAACUUGCCGUGCUUCCUGCAGAAUUUGUAUGGAAUCUCUUGCCUACCUGUGGGAGAGGACCUGGCUGUAGCUGCCUGUAUUGCCUGCCAGCAAUAAAUCAACCAAACAAAUAAUUUGGCAUUUUAAAACUAUUCCGUGCCUUGACAACCAAAUGUUUUUGGUUCUUUUUUGGCGAGUAAUCAAAGACCAGCACCUGUGACAGUAAUGUGUCAUUUAUUUACAUUUCCCAGCACAUGAUUUUCACUGUUCUUAAUUAAGUACAGAUAGCACUCCUGAGGAUGACAGAACUGUUUCCAGGAAUUGUGCACAAGGAAGGAGAYUGCCUUGACAGAAUGACAGGAGAACUGGAAGCCUCUGUUCAAGGUUGCCUAAAUCUGGCUAAGAUCAUUGUGAUGGAGGAGCUACCACUGAAGACCUUCUCUACUGCCAGGUCAAACAGCAAGUGCCUCUGGGAGAACCAGAAAACAUCCUUGGCUGUUGUGCAGCAGGAGCUGUGCAGCCCUGAGCAGGAGCCCAGUUGGAAGGUAGGGAAAGAMAUUUACUCAGAGAAGCAGACCCCUGGAUUAUAUAUUCCUUUCUAGAUGCCAAGGAAACGCYUGUCUUUGAUGAAAUCAAUUAGAUAACACUUCCUUUGGGGGACUGCUGUGUGUCAAAAUGCAUGCAAKGCCAUCAAUGCUGUAUUCAUACAUAAUUAACACUUUGUCACAGUAGCUUUUCCUCUGAACCAGGGGCUGUGAGCUUUCAUCUCCUCAAAUCUUUGUGUGCUCCAGGAGCUUGAUUUUGCUGCUGAACUCAUGGAUGGGCAAAUUUCCUACGACCUACUGCCAUGUAGGCAACUUUCCAGCAGUUGAAAUGCUGUUUUUUAAACAUUUGACUCAUACUGUUUUAAAAUCUACAAAAACUCCCAUUGUUGCUCAUUCUGCUCCUAUCUCCUUUGGUAAAUAGAAAUAAUUCAAUUUUGGGAUUUGUAAGCAAAACAAACUAUUGGGAUUUUAUUCUACCUAAAAGAAUUUUAAUUCUUUUUCCUUUUUUGGCCAUGUGCCAUGUCCUGCAGCCUUUGCUUYACCUACCUACUGAAAGCAAAUGUAGGCUUUUUCUGUGAACAAUGCAACUGUUUUCCUUUUACUGUACAGCUUGGGUCC